AUGCCGUCAGAAUACUACGACUAUGCGGACCGUGUCCCUGACUCGGAGAUUCUACGUGGCAACUCCGACCUUCUGAAGCAUGACAACCUUUACAGAACGGUCCGCAAGUACUCUUAUGCCUACAUUGUAGAAGAAGCCAACACACGUCAAAUCGGCAGCAGCAUCAGUGAGCAGACUCUUCGCAGUCGUAUGAGUGCUGCCACGGAGCACAUUGCAGAGCGUGAUGGUCGAGGCAUACGGGAUGUCACACAGGAGCUCAGGCAUGAACGAGAAUCUAAUGGUCUCAUCAAUCGGCGCAGAAGCAGCAGUAAGAUCACUGGACUGAGGGACGAUAGCAUUGCACUUGCGGUACAGCCAAGCGAGUCUAUCACGGCUCGUGGGAGAUCCGCGAGUGAUGCUGGCAUGUCGCAUAGAAGCACUGUGGGCUGCGUGGAAGACCAACGUGGAUCGUCGGCCGCCUUGAAUGAGGUCACGGAGGCUGAGGACCUCAUGAAAACAUUGGUCCAUCUCGUUCAGCAGAUCUCGAGCGCCACAGCACAGCACUUCGGUCUUUCUGCAAGACAGCAGUCGCCUUUUGCACCCAGUGAACUGUGCUCGACAUUCUUGGCUCCGCUGCUCGAAGACUUUCUCAGUCGGGACUGGAGAACCGCAGUCCCUGCUCUGCAGCAGCGUGAGGGUCUGAGGGUUACAGAUAUGAUGUCGGGCCUCAUCUGGUCUUUCAUAGCCAGGGAGAUCGUGGGAAACAGAAGCGGCCAGCACUUGCCGUCAUCACCAACGCCACCGAAGCCGAAGUUGCACAAUACUAUAGCGGAUGAUGUUGCUGGUCUGAUCGAUGCCCUGAUCAUCUCUUUGAAGCCGUACAUGGCAAGACUCGAAAUUCUGUCCAGCCUCUUCGCAUGGCAGGUGGAUCAGCUAUGGCAUGAGCCACUUCACGACACGCUUGAGCAGCUCAUCACACAAGCACUUAGACUGAAAUGGGCCAUCGCCCACACACACGGCUGCACCUUCACAUUCGUCUGGCCUGCAUAUGGAGAAGCCUUCCAGCCUUCUGUCAUGCAAGCAGUGGCUCAUCCGAGUGUCAAGGAGGCACACCUCGUGGCCGUGCCACUCUCUAUGGGCCUUUAUGCCGAGUUCUCGUUCUGUGGUGAAGCUGUUAAGCAUACCAUUCGCCCAGCCGAGGUCAGAUUGUGCCAUCAUUCAUCAGGCAAAUAG